AUGCCUCAUAAAACUACACCCAAAUAUAAGAAACACAAGCUGAUGGAUCCUGUGGAGAACCUGGAGGACUACAUCUGCCAGAAACAUGAGAGACCCCUGGAGCUGUUCUGUAGAGACGACCAGACGUGUGUGUGUCAGUUCUGCACUGAGGGAGACCACCGGACUCACAGCACUGUUCCUAUAGAGGAGGAGAGUGGAGAGAAGAAGACUCAGCUGGAGAAGACACAGGCAGAAGUUCAGCAGAUGAUCCAGGAGAGACUGAAGAAGAUCGAGGAGAUCAAACACUCUGUAGAACUCAAUAAAAUUUACCCGUCCCUCUGCAGACCCCCACACACCAAGAACUGGACUGACGUCAGUGUUAACACUCCUCUGAGUGUGGAGAGUCUGAGGAGAGCUCUGUCUCAGCUUCAGGAACAUCUCACACAGGAGAUGGAGAAGAUUGAACUGAGGAGAAUUCAGCAGUAUGCAGUGGACGUGACUCUGGAUCCUGAUACAGCUCAUCCUAAUCUCAUCCUGUCUGAUGAUGAAAAACAGGUUACACAUGGAGACAAACAACAGAAACUCCCUGAUAAUCCAGAGAGGUUUGAUACUCAUAUCUAUGUUCUGGGAAAGGAGGGUUUCUCCUCAGGGAGAUUUUACUAUGAGGUUCAGGUCAGUGGGAAGACUAAGUGGGAUUUAGGAGUGACCAGAGAGUCCAGCAAAAGGAAGGGAGAGAUUACACUGAGUCCUGAGGAUGGAUACUGGACUGUACGUUUGAAUGAAACUAAAUAUAAAGCUCUGGAUUCUCCUCGCGUCCUCCUCUGGUUAAAUCAGGCUCCCCAGAAGGUGGGGGUGUUUGUGGAUUAUGAGGAGGGUCUGGUCUCCUUCUAUGAUGUUGAGGUCAGAUCUCAUAUCUACUCUUUCACUGGUCAGUCUUUCACUGAGAAACUCUUUCCAUUCUUUAACCCAUGUUUCAAUGAUGGAGGGAAGAACUCAGCUCCACUGAUCAUCACUCCUGUUCAACAUGAUUAA